GUGUGCUUCCAUCCAAGCUGGUCCGGAGUACAACUCAAGCCGUUGGCCUCGAAUUAGCGCCGGGCGCAUUUGCACCACCCGGAGCCACCCCUUUCUUCCGCUAUGUGAGCACGGACUACGAGUUGGCAACCACCAACGAUGACUCUUGGCGCAUCCGUGACUUCCAUACCUGGGACUCGCUGGCCUUCCUUGGCUGGCCUGUGAAGGAUCAGAUGGCUUGCAGUGCAUGCUGGGCGUAUGCGGUGGUGGCGAGUGUGGAGGCAGCAUAUGGCAUUGCAACGAAUCAGAUCGCUCCUCAGCUGUCAGUGGAGCCACUCUUUGCAGCCAUGGGGCUCACCGAUACAAAGUGCACUGCUGGAGGCUCCCCCACUGCGGCUUUUGAGAAGCUUGUGACUCUUGAUGGCAGCAGUGGACUCAGAGGAGGCAGUAACCAGGCAACACCAUAUCCGGUGCAUGCAUUUGAGCGGGCGUACUUCAAAGGGUAUGAGGGUCUCAUGCUGGCAGUGCGGCGCCAGCCAGUGGUGGUUCACAUCGAGGCCUUAGCUGACACGUUCAUCAUCUAUGAUGGGACAUUCAAGUACCAAGAUCCUGCUUGCUACACUGGCAGUCUGAACCAUGUUGUACUCGUCAUUGGCUACUUCAUUAAUAGAGAUGACGGCAGCCAGGGACGCAUUGCUCCUCCGUUUUGGAUCAUCCGCAACUCGUGGGGAGUUGAUUGGGGCGACCGUGGCCACAUGCGCAUGGGCAUUAUGGGAGGGGAUGGCGUGUGCGGCAUCAACGUAUUGCCUGGCAUCUACCCUGUUGUCAAGACACCUGCUGUGCUCGUGAGGAUGGCACCUGCUGUGCUCGUGAGGUUGGCACCUGCUGUGCUCGUGAGGUUGGCACCUGCUGUGCUCGUGAGGUUGGCACCUGCUGUGCUCGUGAGGCUGGCACCUGCUGUGCUCGUGAGGUUGGCACCUGCUGUGCUCGUGAGGUUGGCACCUGCUGUGCUGGUGAGGUUGGCACCUGCUGUGCUCGUGAGGUUGGCACCUGCUGUGCUCGUGAGGUUGGCACCUGCUGUGCUCGUGAGGGCGGUUUGA